UUGAUUUUUUUUCAUAAAUAAAAGAUUUAAAGAUGUGCUACCUGAUAUUUAUCAGCUAACAACACAUUUUCCCGAGUGUUCAAUAGUUCAAUAAAUAUGAAUUUAUUGUUAUAGCCAAUUUUGUAAAUUGAUAAAAAAAAACUAAUAUUGUUAGCUACAAGCACUAAUAAUUAAAUUAGUUUAACAAAAAAUAAUAACAAAUUGUAUAAUAUCUAGUGUUUUGAAACAACAAAAAGUGACAAUAAUGAGCGUUAUAAAAGAAAAAAAUAAUGAAAAUGUAUUAAAUACCUGUGAGGAAGAAAAAGACGACAAUGACAAUGGGAAUAUUGAAAAUAAUUAUAUCACACCUGAAAUGGUUCUUCGACUUCCAACAAUUACUGACAAAUACUUUUGUUUGCCAGAGAAAAAUACUUACGAAAUAGAUUUUACGCGAUUUCAAAUUAGAGAUUUGGAAACUGGAACAGUUCUCUUUGAAAUCGCUAAACCACCAGUAAAUGAACAUGAAACACCGCGCAAGGAACCACAACAGGACGAGGCUGGUCGUUUAGAUCCAAAUGCUGGACGAUUUGUUCGAUAUCAAUUUACGCCACAAUUUUUAAAAUUAAAAACUGUCGGUGCCACUGUCGAAUUUUUAGUUGGAAAUCAACCUGUUAAUAAUUUACGAAUGAUUGAACGUCAUUUCUUUCGUGACAGAUUGCUGAAAACAUUUGAUUUUGAAUUUGGCUUUUGUAUACCAAAUAGCAAAAAUACUUGCGAACAUAUCUACGAGUUUCCAACACUUCCCGCCGAUUUGAUUGCAGAAAUGAUAGCCAAUCCAUUUGAAACGAGAUCCGAUUCCUUUUAUUUCGUCGACAAUCGAUUGAUAAUGCACAACAAAGCCGAUUACGCUUAUAAUGGAGGAAUGGAAAAGAAAGACUAAAAAGAUCUUCGAAAGGCUUGAAAAGAAAAAAAAACAAACUUUCGAAUAGUAUUAUUCCUUUUAGAUUUUUCAAAAUGAAAAUUCUUAAAAAAAAUUUUCAACAAUUUCACUGCAAUGUUUGUACUAUUUAUAUUUUUGAAACACUCACUUUUGUCAAUUGAUCACUUGAACAAUUUUCCUUUUUUGUUGUUUUCUCAUCGGAAAUUUCCUUUUUUGUAUUUUUUAAUCGUGUUUUCUUUUGAGAGUGAAUCCACUUUUACACAAACACUUAUAUAAUUAUAUACAUCUAUAAAUGUGAUAUCUGUACAAAUCAAAUUUGUCUCGUAAUUUAAUUUUACGAUAUUUGUGCUACUGUACAUAGACUUUAAGCUUUUUAGGCUAUUAUGAAAUUUGCACAUUCUAUUUCGUUUUUACUUCGAUAAAAAGAAAAAUAUACACUGUUAAUUCACCUGAACAAUAAAAGUUUCAGAGUUUAAUGAA